AUAUGAGCUAUUUUGUUGAAAGAAAAAUAACCUUAAUCUUUAUUUUAUGCGAAUAUUAGUCACUAUAAUUAAUUCAUACAUUGAGUAUAUAUACUCACGGAAGACAACCUAAUCUGGCGGGUGGAUUUUUUUUUUCUUGAGGCAGGUGGCUAAAAAUAACAAAAAACCAAGAAAAUCCUCCUACUCCUACUCUUAGAAAGCCUGAAGUGGCAAUAAUAAAUACAGGCCCAUUGGGCGUAACUCGGAUCUGCAAACAUGAAUUAAAUAUCAAAGGCUCUUCUGGUCUCAGCGUCUCUUCUAUUCUGACAAAGGAGACAACGAUACGGACAGCGACACACAUUUCACAUAUAAAUUAUGGCAAGCGUAACUAAAAAGAUCUUAAGAAGGGAGACUAGAAACCGUCACCCUGGGCUGACGCAACAGAAAAGGCAAGAAAUCAAAGAAGCAUUUGAGCUCUUUGACACCGAUGGCUCUGGAACUAUUGAUGCCAGCGAGCUGAAUGUUGCUAUGAGGGCCCUUGGAUUUGAAAUGACAGAGGAGCAUGUUGAGCUGAUGAUUGCUGACGUGGACAAGGAUGGUAGUGGUGCAAUUGAUUUCGAUGAAUUUGUACACAUGAUGACUGCCAAGAUAGGCGAGAGAGACACUAAAGAGGAUCUCGCAAAAGCAUUUAACAUACUAGAUCAAGAUAAAAAUGGGAAAAUAUCUGCUGCUGAUAUUCAGCAAAUUGCCAAGGAGUUGGGUGAAAAUUUCACCGCAAGAGAAAUACAAGAGAUGAUAGCGGCAGCAGAUGGUGAUCGUGAUGGAGAAGUAAGUGCUGAAGAGUUUACAAGGAUGAUGAGGAAAACCAGCUUCUCAAACUAAGUUGUACAAAAUCAUAUUGUGCGUGACACAUAAACAGAUUACCAGCUUCGCAAACAGAGUUUACAAGUUGCUUGUCCUUGUCUUUUUCCCUUCUCCUAUAUCACUCUGCUCUGUCAUGUAUUGUGUGUGACACAUAAACAGAUUACUAUUUUUUUCAACUGAAUAAAUCAAAGAAAACAAAUACGAUUGAAAAUUAAAGGUAGUGGAUCCUUGCAUUUGCCCAGCUACAUUUUUGUAAAUAAAAUUUAUUGAUAAGUAAUAUAUAAGAAAGGUUUUCUUUAUGUUAUUAACACAC